AUGCGUGAUAAUAUGGAUCGCCUCUCUGAAAGUGUUCUGAUACUAACGAGACAAAACAAGACUCUCCAAGAAGACUGUCACUUGAAGGAAGAUGGUGUUUCGAAUUCAGAGAACGUCGAUUUUCUGUCGAAAGCUGACCCGGAAGAGGACAUUCUCAGAAGAGCCUCGAAGAUUCAAAGGAAGAAGGCAAGAGCCGAUUUGAGGUCGCAGACAGGGGACAGAGGCACACCAAAUUUGGAGAGCCUAGAUGGCCGGCUGGUGAGGAAGAACCAGGCACAGCCUAAAGACGAUAUUUUUGCAGAGAUGCAGGAUUUGAAGAAUGAGUUCUUGAUGAUGCAAUCAAAACUAAACUCAGCCCAAGAUCACAUCAUCCACCUCGGUGGCAACCUGGGUGCCCUACUUCCCCCCCAAACACUCAAGGAUGAUUUCAAAUCCCUUGUCGAUGCAACUCGGAUUUGGAUCAUGACCUACGUGCAGCCGGCAAUCGGCAACUCGGAGCAAUGUUUCCAAGCAUUUGAAUGCGCCCGCAAGAUCCAGGGGCAAGAUGCGGGACUCAAUCUUUCCAGAUCUCGAAACCAAGACUUCCAUACCACGAGCGGAUUUCCGGGGGCGGAUGAACACGUGUUUUUGGUGAUGGUCUUUGACCUCAUUGUUGAUAUGGUUUUCAACGCUGAGUUUCUGUACGGCGACCCUCGAUUACAAAGGGAGAUGGAUGUCGUCAAACGGUUGGGAGAUUCAAUGGUGCAGAAGUCGGAUUCGUCCAAGAGACUGUACAACUCCCGGCGCUGGAUGUCGGAGGCGGUAACAGCAAUCAUAUCCCGGAAAGAGACACAAGACCUUCGGCUUGAAUUUUCUCACACCCUGGCGGACGCGAUAAUCCGCCACAUUGGAUUGUCAACAUUCCUGGGACACAGCAACCAGGCUGAACUAGAAGAGGCAGAGAGAUCCAUUCGGCAGGAAGUAAUCUGGCUUGCUCUCGAGCUCGGUGAUAAGAUGGCAUGCGCCAUAGACAAGUACUCACUGGAGGUUCCUUCUUACUGGACUGAGCCUUGCGUGUUCCAGGCUGAGUUCUUGCGCGAUUUGCCGAAUUUGGACUGCAAGAACUUCGGAGAAGGUCCUCCAAGGUUCAGGUUGGAGAAGAUGAGAGCGACCUUUUCGGACGAUGAGAUCAGGAGCCAUCUGAGAGCAAUAUGCCCAGCUAUUCCGGCACUGGUCUCGACGGAAGCAAGGGAUAAAAAUUGGGGUCCCAGCACCAUUCUGGUGAAGCAACAAGUGUGGGUUUCGUGGCAACCGAACAAGAUCGCUACGCCACGGCCAGAAGAAAGGGGAUACUUCUGGCAUCUCUAUCACAAAGAUCGAAUGGACCCUAGCGCAAGAAGAGAGUGA